AUGAAAUGGACUCCAAAUUGGACUUGGUGUUAUCAAUGAUGGUUUGUAGUUCUGGUUGUAAAUCUAAUCAACCUGAGUUUGAGUUGGAGGCUAAACAUAAUGGCAUAAAAGUUGAUGGUGGUGAGUGCGGAGAUGCAUAUAGCUAUGUCACUCCACCUACUUUUAAUGGUGAUGAUGUUGUUUGCAAUAACGAAAAUGAAGUUGAGGUCACAUCUCCUCAUCCUAGGCCAAUGAGAAAAAGGAAACGUGCUCCUGCCCUGAUGACACCAUAUACAGACCCAACAAAAAGGAGAAAAUUUAGAAAAGAUGAAGGGUUCAAAGUUGAUCCAAUUCGUAAGAUUGACGAGCACAAGGAAGAGGCUUUUAUGAAGUGGUUCAAUGAGAACAACACAAGCAUGUUAAUUAACUGUGGAACCGGCAGCUACCAAAGGAAAUACUUCGAACAGUUAUUUACCCCAGCAACAUGGCUGUCUACUGAUCAUAUAGAUGAGGCUUUAUGGGGCAUGAGAAAAAGGUCACAAAAGUAUCAUGACCUCUUUGAUUAGAAUGUCGCCAUUCUUG